AUGGCCCCUGAAGCAAAUCAUGACCCUGUCAGCGUCAUUAUCGCGGCUUUCUUCCUUUAUCGAUACAUGGCAGUCGCACAGGGACACGACCCAGAAGCGAUAACAGAAUGGAGUAAAGCAGUCUCCAAUUACGUCAAGGAAAAACGUCUAGAUGAUCUCUGCGCUGGCAGAAACCCAACAGCAACCCUUGCCCUCAGCAGACGCGAGGAGGCCUCGCCGGCCAUGACACACGAGAAAAAGACUCAUAUGGCGCGCUUGAUGUUAUGGACGUUUUAUGAGGACAUCUUUGCCAGCAUAAAAGGAUACGGAGGCGCUCUGGCGCGGCACUUUGUCGAGAAACCGGAGCGCUCGCGAGAAAUUUAUCAGUAUUCCUGCGCAGAACUGGAGUCUGUUUGGGGCGCAGAUUAUCCUGAACGGGAGAUUCUCGACGACGUCGAGAAUGCGCCGAUAAUUUCUUUUCUCUACGAGGUCAUUACGCUCUACGCUGAAGUCAACAGAGCUGUGAGCUCACCACUAGACUUGCCGGCUGCUAAAUCCGCAGUGGAGGAGAAAAUUGACAAGCUCGAAGCUCGCUCGCGGUCACUGAUACGACUUACAACCAUGAACGUGCAGCCACGAUCCCGCGUUAUGAUUAAUGCCGACUACAUGGUCCCCCUUUUCUAUGCGCUAAGGAUAUACUGUUUUCGAAGCUUCCUCUCCGACGAUAGCCUCGCGACUCCAAGCCCUCCAGCCGUUCAGUCGUCGGUUUCCUCGAUUCUGCAGUUGGCGCAGCGCUCUCUCUCGCGAGGGCCGCUGGAUCCGAUGCAGGCUCGUUUUCAAUGGCCGUUAUUCAUGGCCGGCAUAGAGACAACAGACAGGAUUCACAAAGAGUGGGCUCACUCCAAGCUGAGGACUGCAAGCAUGUCCAUUGCGUUUCAGACCAUUGUUUGCCUAGAAGAAGAGACGCAGAGGCGGACGCCGAUGCCGCUGGUUAGGCAACUGAUGGACACCAAGAAUAGCGCAAUCCCAAUGUAA